AUGCCCCCGGCAGUGCUGCUAGUCAUCAACUUGCGUAUUAGGGCCGCAGCAGACUGCUGCUGUGGCAGCAGCAGCAGCCUGCUGCUGCCUGAUUCAGUCAAGCCAGCGGUGCAGCGAGGCGUGCAGAAUUCGCGCGGUUUUGUCCCUCCUGAGGCUGAGCGCAUUCGAGCCCGUCGACCGGAGUUGGAUGGUACCACGCGUCUCACUGAGACGCGGGGUACUGGCCAUGGCCGGGCUACGGAGCGUGAGUCCGUCGCCGUCCUCGACGCGCAGUGGGUCGUCCGCCACGCCGAGGCGGGCGGCGUCCUCACCCACCGCCAGGCGCUGCCCAAAGAGGCCUUCCUCUCUUUCGCCGACCUCGUCGAGGCGACCGGCAAGUAUGACUGGCUUCCCGUGUGCACCUUCACGCCGAGCAUCCCGGUGGCCAUCUAUUCGCGCGGCGAGCUGGUCCCCAUUCCCGCAUCGGGGUUGAAGCUGCGGGUGUUUGGCGUCACGCUCACGCGCGAGCUGCUGCAAGACGUCUACAAGAAAGGCGAGUUCCUCUGCAAAAUUUCGACGCGAGCGGGCGAGGAUGGGAACUUUCGCCGCCUGCUUGCCGUGGCGCGGCUGCUGGUGCUCGAGGGCGGCCGUGCAGUGGCGUGA